CAGCAGAUGCGUUACGGACGCAGAUGUGUACAACACAUGUAACACCGCCGGCUCUCUGAAAGCACCGGGGCUUCAUUUUCACCCUUAUACUGCGGGUGGACCCGAGAGAAACCGGGACUGUCAAUCUCAAGUACUGUACAACGAGCAGCUGUGGAUAAAAGCGUUUUAGGAACAGGGUGCCUCUGAUGAAGCUAACAGCAGUUAGCUUAGCUAGCAUAGUUAGUGAACUGUUACCGUCGCUGUUCAGGGACUAAGGUUAAACUUUACCCAGGUCGAGCAAACUGUUCAGGCGGGUGAAGCCACAACUAAACACAAGGACGGACUUUGAACGCCACAAGACUAAGAUUUCAGUCUUGCUAGCUGUCAGACGUGCUAGUCGACAGUGUACCGCUGGUUGAUUAGCCAAUUCGACUUCCUUGUGCCGUUCGAGGUCAUUCUGUAGCGUCAGUCUAAGACAGUCAAGUAUUAUCAGGAAACUAGUCAUGAAAAGUCUUCCAUACUUCUGCCGGGGAGAGGUCAUCAGGGGCUUCGGGAGAGGAAGCAAAGAACUGGGGAUUCCCACAGCCAACUUUCCGGACUCAGUGGUGGACAAUCUUCCGGCAGAUAUCAGCACAGGAAUCUAUUACGGUUGGGCCUGCGUGGGCAAUGGGGAUGUCCACAAAAUGGUGAUGAGCAUUGGCUGGAACCCUUACUACAAAAAUACUAAGAAGUCCAUGGAGACCCAUGUGAUUCACACAUUCAAAGAAGACUUCUAUGGAGAGAUUCUCAGUGUUGUCAUGGUGGGCUACAUCCGUCCAGAGAGAAGCUUUGACUCCCUCGAAGCCCUGAUUGCGGCCAUCAACAGCGACAUUGAGGAAGCCAAGGUCAAGCUGGAGGUCCCAGAGCAUCGCAAACUGAGAGAUGACAACUUCUUCACCAGCGCCCCCAGCUCAUCUUCAGCCCUGCCCACCACCACAGAAUCUACGUCACAGACUAUUAUGAAUGGUCACUGACAGCUGGCUGUGACUGCGGCGCUUUACAUACACACACACCAAAACAAACAGAUUUCUGUAUACACACAGGUUUGUCCAUUUGUACUCAUUAAAAUGCACAGCCCUUUUCUGAGAUCCCUCAGUGGCCACCAUGGCUGCACAUAGACAUAAUCACAAACAACUUUUUUUUUUUUUUUUUUUUUUUUUUUUAUUGUAUUUUUCUUUUACCUUGUCAGUGUUUCUGUGUUUAAAGAGUUGUUUAACAUCCUCUAUUGGUUUGUUACAGACAGUCAUUUAAUAGAUUAUGUUCAUUUGUUUAUAUUCAUACCAGAUCGCUGUAUGCAGGUCUUGGACAUCACUGCUCCUGCUGUAUGUUUAGAAUCUUUCAUGUGAGAAGGUACCUAAAAGAAAGAAAAAAAAAUACAGAUCUUGAGAUGAGGGUGACCAGAAAAAUACAAGUAGUUUUAUAAUAAUCUUUAAGGAACUACACAAAUAUAGACCAUAAACUCAACUCUGUGAACACUAUCUAGGCAACACUGUAACAGCGUCACUUAUAGAGUGCUUUUUUCUUGAGAUCCCUGUCAGAUGGUGAGACAGAAAGUCUGGGCAUUAUUAUCUGUAACAAAAACACGGGUCGCACAGUUAGAUGACUUUAUGCAAUGAUGUGGCUAAAUGCAAUGCAUUUGUGUGAAGACAGGGAGAUUAAAUAAUGAUACGAUGUAAAUGGUGUUAAAAGUAUCCUUGCUUUCUUAAUUUUCUUCUUUCAGAAAAUGUCUUCCUUUCCAAAGUGACACAAGCCUUGCACUGUUUAUCACUGCCCUAAUAAUGAAUGACCCUUGUACAUUGAAACAGAUUGGAUUUGGGGUUUUUGAUGCGUUAUGCAGAAAAAAAAAAUCUCAAUCCUUCUAAACUGGAAUUAUUGGAUAACCAUUAUUGGAUAAUGGGUAUUUACUUAAUGAAAUGUGUACAAAAACAUGUCUUAAGCAAAGGCUUUAAAAAACAAACAAAAUAAAAAACCAAAUCGCAAUCAGAUGAUCUGAUGAACA